AUGGAGUUGGAGUUUUUUCAAAGCUUCACUUAUGAAGAACUGUUAUUAUUUGAGCUGCCCAUUGGUCCUUUGGAAGACCCUACUUGGACUGUGAUGAUUCCAGGUGUCACUCAGCUGACGGAGAAGGACCUCAAGUACCGGCUGCAGGCGUCCAGGGCCAAGUCCAUUAUCACCAGUGACUCCCUAGCUCCAAGGGUGGACGCCAUCAGUGCCGAAUGCCCCUCCCUCCAGACCAAGCUGCUGGUGUCAGACAGCAUGCCACCUAGUGUUUUUACGUUUUACAGGGAGGCAUCUACAGAGCACAACUGCGUGAGGACAAAGAGUCGAGACCCACUGGCUAUCUACUUCACCAGCGGAACCACCGGGGACCCCGAGAUGGUCGAGCACUCCCAGAGCAGCUACGGACUGGGUUUUGUGGCCAGCAGAAGAUGGUGGUUGGCCUUGACCAAAUCGGACGUCUUCUGGAACACGACAGACACUGGCUGGGUGAAGGCAGCCUGGACUCUCUUCUCUGCCUGGCCUAAUGGAUCUUGCAUUUUUGUGCAUGAGCUGUCCCGAGUUGAUGCCAAAGUUAUCCUGAAUACUCUCUCCACAUUCCCGAUAACCACCCUCUGCUGUGUUCUAACCAUCUUUCGGCUGCUUGUGCAGGAGGAUCUGACCAGGUACCAGUUUCAGAGCCUGAGGCACUGUCUGACCGGAGGAGAGGCCCUCAACCCUGACGUGAGGGAGAAGUGGAAACACCAGACCGGUGUGGAGCUCUACGAAGGCUAUGGCCAGUCUGAAACGGUUGUCAUCUGUGCCAAUCCAAAAGGCAUGAAAAUCAAGUCUGGAUCCAUGGGGAAGGCGUCCCCACCCUACGAUGUGCAGAUUGUGGAUGAUGAGGGCAACGUCCUGCCUCCUGGAGAAGAGGGGAAUGUUGCCAUCCGUAUCAGACCCACCCGGCCCUUCUGUUUCUUCAAUUGCUAUUUGAACAAUCCUGAGAAGACAGCUGCAUCAGAACAAGGGGGCUUUUAUAUCACAGGCGAGCGAGCUCGCAUGGAAAAGGAUGGCUACUUUUGGUUUAUGGGAAGAAACGACGAUGUGAUCAAUUCUUCAAGCUACCAGAUCGGGCCUGUUGAAGUAGAAAGUGCCCUGGCAGAGCAUCCUGCUGUCCUGGAGUCGGCUGUGGUCAGCAGCCCAGACCCCAUCAGGGGAGAGGUGGUAAAGGCAUUUAUAGUCCUUACUCCAGCCUACUCCUCUCAUGACCCAGAGGCACUAACGCGGGAACUCCAGGAACAUGUGAAAAGGGUGACUGCUCCAUACAAAUACCCCAGGAAGGUGGCCUUUGUUUCAGAACUGCCAAAGAUGGUUUCUGGAAAGAUCCAAAGGAGUAAAUUGCGAAGUCAGGAGUGGGGGAAAUGAGGUGCAACCCCAGGAAGGCCCCGUAGACCUCCUAAGAGUCCACGAGAUACUAAUGGAUCACUGGUCAGCCCCCAUGGGGAGCAUCAUCUCUUCAACCCU